AUGGAAGUUGGUUUAGGACAAAACCAAACAAUAAUCAAAGUAGGAGUAGUUCUUGAUCUCAAUACAACAUUUUCCAAGAUCUGCCUCACUUCAAUGAACAUGUCAUUGUCCGAUUUUUACGAGGAUCAUCCUAGUUACCGCACAAGAAUUACUCUUCAUGUCAGAGAUUCCAUGGAAGAUACGGUUCAGGCUUCAGCUGCAGCAGCCUUGGACCUAAUCAAGAACGAGCAAGUGAACGCUAUCAUCGGACCAAAAAGUUCUACGCAAGCAGAGUUUAUGAUCAGACUGGCCAACAAAACUCAAGUACCGACCAUCACAUUCUCAGCAACAAGCCCUCUUUUGACAUCCAUCAGAAGCCCUUACUUCGUCCGAGCCACUGUCAAUGACUCAUCCCAGGUCAAAGCCAUUGCCGACAUUGUCAAAUCCUUCGGCUGGAGAAGCGUUGUUGCCAUUACUGUGGACAACGAGUUAGGUGAAGCAUUCAUGCCCUUCUUGUCUGACGCUUUACAAAACGUUGAAGUCAACAAAAGUGCAAUUCCUCCGGAAGCUACUGAUGAUCUGAUACAAGAAGAACUUUUAAAGCUCAUGAAGAGGCAAACGAGAGUAUUCGUUGUCCACAUGGAAUCAAGUCUAGCUUUCCGGAUUUUUAAAAAAGCUAGAGAGAUCGGGAUGAUGGAGGAAGGGUAUGUAUGGUUAAUAACCAACGAAAUGACACAUAUGAUGAGACAUAUCGACCAUGGUCAUAGCUUAAAGACUAUAGAGGGCGUGUUAGGUGUGAAGAGCCAUGUCCCCAAAUCAAAAGAGCUUGAAGAUUUCGGUUUGAGAUGGAAAAGAUCGUUCAAGAAGGAGAACCCGAGGGAUGAACUAAACAUUUUUGCAUUAUGGGCGUAUGAUUCAAUCACGGCCUUGGCCAUGGCUGUGGAGAGAACCAAUCUUAACAGCUCAUGUUAUGAUAAUGGGAGCGCCACGUCAAAGUACAUGACAGGUUUGGGGAACGUAGGGGUCUCUCCGUACGGUCCAAGUCUUCAAAAGGCUCUAUGGGAAGUAAGUUUCAAGGGUUUAGCUGGAGAUUUUAAUCUCACUAACGGACAGCUCGAGUCACCAAAGUUUGAGAUCAUCAACUUUGUCGGAAACGAAGAAAGGGUACUCGGAUUUUGGACGCCGAGCAAUGGACUUGUGAAUGCCGAUUCAAACAAAGCAAAGUUAGGGCCGGUGAUAUGGCCAGGGAAGUCAAAUAUUGAUCCUAAGGGAUGGGAGAUUCCAGGGAAGAAACUUAUAGUGGGCCUUCCAGUGAAGAGAGGCUUCCUUAAUUUUGUGGAGAUUAUCAGAGAUCCUAUCACUAACAAAACAACUGCAAAGGGUUACGCCAUAGACAUCUUUGAAGCUGCUCUUAAGAAGUUGUCAUAUUCGGUCAUUCCUGAAUACGUCAGUUUAGAUUCUCCACAUGAGUACACUAGUUUGGUCUACCAAGUAUAUAACAAGAAAUGGGAUGCAGUUGUUGGAGAUCUAACCAUCACAGCAAACAGGUCUUUGUAUGUUGACUUCACGUUACCGUACACAGAGUCUGGAGUAUCUAUGAUGGUUCCUGUGAGAGACAAUGAUAACAAGAACACAUGGGUGUUUCUUGAACCUUGGAGCUUAGGCUUAUGGGUCACCACUGGUUGUUUUCUCGUCCUCAUUGGUUUUGUUGUAUGGUUGUUCGAACAUAGAAUCAACACGGACUUUCGUGGACCACCUGACCACCAGAUUGGUACUAGUUGUUGGUUCUCCUUCUCCACCAUGGUUUUCGCCAACCGUGAAAAGGUUGUGAGCAAUUUAGCAAGGUUUGUGAUGGUUGUGUGGUGCUUUGUGAUGUUUGUUCUCACUCAGAGCUACGCAGCUAAUCUUACCUCUUUCUUGACGGUACAACGUUUCCAUCCAGCGGCCACAACGGUGAACGAUCUGAUCAAAAAUGGGGAUUAUGUAGGGUACCAAGGCGGUACAUUCGUUAAAGAUAUUCUAUUAGAUUUGGGAUUUCAUAUAAAUCAGCUAAAGCCUUAUUAUGCUGCGGACGAAGCCUUAACACUUUUUUCCAAGGGGAAGUCAAAAGGUAUCGCAGCAGUGUUCGACGAAGUGGCUUACCUUAAUGCUAUUAUUUCUCAAUCUUGCUCCAAGUAUGCCAUGGUUGAACCUACUUUUAAGACUGCUGGUUUUGGCUUUGCAUUCCCCAAGAAUUCACCUUUGACAGGAGAUAUCUCAAAGGCUAUCUUAAAUGUGACUCAAGGAGCUGAAAUGAAAGAAAUCGAGAACAGAUGGUUUGGGAAGAAGAAUGAUUGUCCUGAUCCAAAGACCGAUCUUACAUCCAACAGUCUCAGCCUCAGUAGCUUAUGGGGUCUGUUUCUUAUAGCAGGAACUGCUUCAUUCUUGGCACUACUCGUCUUCGUUGUCCUUUUCUUGAAAGAGCAUAGGCAUACACUAUGUGAUGAAUCCGGAAGUUCCUUGUGGAGAAAGCUAAAGGUCUUGUCCAGAAUCUUCGAUGAGAAAGACUUUAAGUCUCACACUUUCAAGAACAAUUCUGUUCAUAAUGUGAGUUCACCUCUGACUGAUUAUUACAUUAGGAGUCCUUCAACUGUGCAAAUCAUACCAAGGCCACCAAGUCUAUCACUAAAUAGGGAGUUUGAGCUAAGAAGAUUGUCUUCUACCCAGAGCGAAGAAUGGUUCACUAUGCAACCGAUAUAUCAUGAAGAUGGAGAAUCUGAUAUUGAAUGUGUAGUUGAAGACAAGAUCUUUUAG